CUUAUGUGCUUCCGAUGAAGACCGCCGGAAAAUUCCCACUCCUCCACCCCUACAAAAGCGGCAGCCGCAUUCGCGUCACCGUGGUCGCCCUCUUCCUCCUCUUCACAUUCACCUUCCUCUUCAGCUUCAUCGCCACAAGAGACACCACCGCCGCCGCCCCAUCGCCGCUGCCUGACCCUAUCUCCGACGCCCUCCUCUACUACGCCUCCGCCAACGCCACCCCUACCAUGUCCCCCGCCGAAAUACACUCUGUUUACUCCGUCCUCCGUCGCUGCUCGGCGCCGUGCAACCUCCUCGUCUUCGGCCUCACCCAAGAGUCCCUCCUUUGGAACUCCCUCAACCACCGCGGCCGCACCGUCUUCGUCGACGAGUACGCCUUCGGUGUCACCAGGUUCGAGAAGCGGCACCCGUGGGUGGAGGCAUACGACGUCCGGUUCAGCACCAAAGUACGGGACCUUCGCAGUCUGAUCGAGGACUUCAAGAGAGAGGUAGACGGAGAGUGCCGACCGCUGCAGAACCUGCUCUACUCCGACUGCCAGCUGGCGGUGAACGACCUCCCCAACUACAUGUACGACGUCGGGUGGGACGUCAUCGUGAUCGACGGGCCGUCGGGGUACUCGCCGGAUACGCCGGGGAGGAUGGCCUCGAUAUUCUCCGCCGGGGUUAUGGCGAGGACUAGAGGCGGCGAAGGAGGAGGAGGAGGGACGCAUGUGUUCGUGCAUGAGAUGACGAGAGAGGUGGAGAGCGUCUGCACGGAGUUGUUCCUUUGCCGCGAGAAUUUGGUGGAGACGGUGGAUAUGUUGGGACACUUUGUGGUCCGGAAAAUGGGCAGCGGAGGCGGCCGGAAACAUACUUAUGGAUUUUGUUACACAACUCCUUCUUCUUCGUCUCAGUUUAUUUGAUCUAAAUUUAUAUAUAUAUAUGCGUUAUUUUUUUAUAGUACCAAAUACA